CCCUUGGAGUGUCUCUUCACGAAGAACAAGAGGAGGUUAUUCACACAGUAAACGCUGGGCUGUAAUCUUCACGUGUAUGAGCGUACAAGCGGUUCAUAUUGAAGUCAUAGAAUCCCUUGACACAUCCAGCUUCAUCAACGCGCUAAGGCGCUUUCUUGCUGUGCGCGGUCCUGUCAAUCACAUCCGCUCAGACCGUGGCACCAACUUUGUUGGCGCCUGCAAGGAGUUGAAGAUACCCUCAAACAUUGACAACACAACUGUGAAGACUUACCUGUCAGGCCAAGGUUGCUCUUGGACCUUUAACCCUCCGCACGCCUCCCAUUUUGGCGGUACAUGGGAAAGAAUGAUUGGUCUUGCAAGGAGAAUCUUGGACUCCAUGUUCCUUCAGCUGAAGGACAAACUUACCCAUGAGGUGAAUGUCCUUUCUGCUCCUACUGGAGAGUUUGGAGUUUCAGAUCUCUACAAGCGCCAGUGGCGGCAGGUCCAGCACCUGUCCAACACCUUCUGGGACAGAUGGCGAAAGCAAUUCCUCCCAACACUACAGGCACGCAAGAAGUGGCAGUCCACUCAUCUGAACAUCAACCCAGGAAGUGUUGUUCUCCUCAAGGAUAGCCAAGUACCAAGAAAUGAAUGGCCUCUUGGACUGGUAACACAGACCUUCCCCAGCGAAGACGGGAAGGUGCGAAAGGUCGAGAUCAAGGUCACACGAACAGGAGUGACUAAAAUCUUUCUUAGGCCUGUUUCUGAGAUAGUGCUUCUUCUCCCCCCAGAGGCCCAGUGAAGUGAACUGUCUAGGAUUUAUUGAGUGGCGUGUAUUCACGCCAGGCGGGGAGUGUUUUGUUACAAUUGUCAAAUCAGUAAGUUAUAUGUUUAUUUUGAAACAGGACGUUUUAUUUUGAAACAGGAAAUGUCUUGUAACUUGUUAGGGGACUUGUAAUCAGGAAGUGAAGGAAGAG